UUAAUUAGUUCUUCUUGCUGUGUGUCUGAUCUGAAGAUGACAACGAUGGAGUUGAAACUGGUUUUAUGUUUUCUUCUUGGCCUCUUCUCCGUGUCAUCAGCGAUACGUCAAUAUCAAGUGAGGUUUAUGGAAAAGGGAUCGAGCCACUAUCCACAUGCCGGCCGUGUAGACGUGUAUAUUAAUGGCGCAUGGGGGACCAUUUGUGCUUCUGACUGGGACAUGAACGAUGCUGAGGUGGUCUGCCGGGAGUUAGGCAAGGGCUACCCCUACGGUAUCACGGUCGUUGGUGGUCCACCUGCUGGAACCGGUGCCAGUUGCUUGUCUAGGGUAAAGUGUUACGGCCAUGAAAAUCGGCUCUCAGAAUGCAACGUACUCCCGACAACCCGAUCAAGUAGUAGAAAUGACAAGGGCAUAGUCUGCUAUCCUCCCCCAGGUGACGCGGGUUUGCGGCUCAAAUACGGACCUGAUCAGUAUUCAGGCUAUGUAGAGGUCAAGCUGGCAAGUGGCAGUUGGAGUAAAUUGUAUCUUUAUUAUUAUUAUAAUGAUUUGUUGUCUCGGUAUCAGUAUAUCUCGAACAUCUGUCGUCAGCUUGGAUUCGGGGAGCUCAACUUCUGGGAUAGUUUUGAAUAUAGCAGCACGUACAGUAUGACAAAGGUGACGAGAUGUCCUUACGUAGUUGCGCACCACCGAAGCUGUGAUGCGGGUUUGCAGCUCACAAACGGACCUGAUCAGUAUUCAGGCUGGGUGGAGGUCAAGCUGGUGAUGCGGGUUUGCAGCUCGUACAAGGACCUGAUCAGUAUUCAGGCUUCGUACAGGUCAAGCUAG